GAUACAGUUCAGCAGUUUGCCUUGCGGGCGCACAAAUGAGUAAGAUGUGUAACACGCAUGCGUCUUAGCAGCUUAAUGUUUAAACAUGGCGGAAGGGUUAAGAGACCAUGGAGAUAUUAGAGGAGUAUACACUCAAUUGCACAACGCUUCAUCCGUCGAUUUACUGUGGGGAACAAGUGAAAGAAAGCGGACAAGAAAAAAUCAAGUAUCGACGUCAUUUUACCCCGUAGAGAGACUUGUUUCAAAGCGAAUGAAAAAGAACUCGACCGAAUAUUUGGUAAAGUGGAAAAAUUAUAGUGCCUUUGAAAACAGCUGGGAACAUGAGGAAAAUUUGACAGAAGACCUUAUCAGAUCUUAUGACCAGCCAAACAUACAGCCAGAAAGGUUGCAAAAGAAUCUCGACACAUUACAUGUUGGUAUUCUCUUGAAGUUAAAAAGCAGAAGCAAGAAAAACAUUACUAUUGACUUUGAUCAUGAUUGCUUUCGUUACAUAUUUAAUGGCAAGGGCAAGCAGUCAAAAGAUGGGAAAUAUCUUUUGUUAGACAAGGCUGAUUUUGAUAGAUGUAAAUUUGAUGGUAAUUGGGAUACAGUUGGUGAUAAAAUUGGUGAUGGUGUGAGAGUUAAGUAUCCUAUCAAGGUCAGAACUGUUCUAACAAAAUCACCAAGAAAUUUUACGGUGGUUAGUGGGAAGCGUUCAGGAAAGUCGUCCAAUGUUGCUGGAAAAACUGUCAUUUGA